UGCAUAUUGCGCAUAACCCUCACGUAGGGGAAUUUACAGCUGACUUCAUCUACAGAUUAUUAGGUGAUGAACAUUUAUUUGAAUUGACUGCGUCCCUUUUGAACUAUGAAUGAUUACAAGGGAAAGGCUGAAAAAAAAAAAGAAGUUCCUGUGAUUUGGACAGAGCUUCAAUACAAAUGUGACUACUGCAAUAAAGAUAUUUCCAAUACGAUUCGUAUUCGAUGCACUGAAUGCACGGAUGAACUCGACCUCUGUCUUGAGUGUUUCUGUGUUGGCGUUGAAAUCAAGUCUAAGUCUCAUUACAACAACCACUGCUUCCGCCUGAUCGACAACAUGCAAUUCCCGUUGUUUGAUCGGAGCUGGAGUGUUGAUGAGGAGCAAUUGAUGCUAGAAGGCCUCGAUCAAGACGGCUGGGCGAAUUGGGAGGAUGUUUCUGGCAAUAUCAUGACUAAAACCAAGAACGAAAUUCGAGCACACUAUACAGAAUAUUAUUUGAAUAGCCCUAAAUGGCCACUGCCAGACUUUGAUAAGAAAUUGGUGACACGUGACGACGUAAAGCGCAUCAACUUCAAUCCAGCGCUUUUGGAUACGAUCUCGCCUCGAGAACGCGGUAUUCACCGAAAGAGCACGAAAGUGGUUUAUAACAAGCCACAACCAUCUAAACCGGUGCACCACGACCUUGCGAAUUACAUGCCCCUGCGCGGAGAAUUUGAGGUUGAAUGGAAUAACGAUGCAGAACAUAUCAUCAAAGAUAUCAUGUUCGAGCCCGACGAACCCCCUAAUGAGACUGAAAUCAAACUCAAACUACUCGAAAUUUACUGCAUACGCUUAAACGAGCGCGAUGAGAAGCGACAAUUCGUGCUAGAGAGGAACCUGCAUGAUAUUAAAAAGAUGAAAGAACUGGAAAAGAAGCGGUCUAAAGAAGAACGGGAAAUUCGGAUGCAAACUAGAAAAUUCAAUUCAAUUAUGAGUGAAAAUGAAUACGAACGGUUUGUGGAAAAUUUAGUGGCCGAAGCAAAUUUAAAGCAGAAAAUCAAAGAGUUCAACGAAUAUCGACUCAUGGGAAUGCGAUCAAUGGCCGACAUCUACAAGCACAAAGCAGAGCUAGCGCAAAAUGAAGCGAGCACCCUUCGAAGAGGAAGGCCGGUUUCUUCUAGCAGAAGAAAUAUGCAUCAGAAUUCGUCGUCUUCCUUUAAAAAUAACUUUUCAUUUCAGAUGUCUUCAAACGCUCCGGACUUAAUGCAGCUCGGAACCACCACUCUCAGAAGUAAAACGGAAUUACUGAGCCAACUGGAGAAAGAUCUAAUCGCUUACUUGAGCAUAAAGUCUGAAACUUAUUUGUCAAUCAAAAACAUGCUCAUCAGAGAGUACACUAAGUCCGGCGAAAUUCACAAAUCCCAAUUGAGACAAAUUGGCGAUCCGCGCGAGGUUCGAGUGGCGGAAAUUGUGUUCGACUUUAUACAAGAGAUUGGCUGGAUCAACGUUCGGCCGACCGCAAACCAAUUCAACAUCCUGAAAAACGCAAGUCAGGCGGUCUGUAACAACUUCAACCCUUCAGAAAGUAAUAACAACACAAACACCGCAAAUAUCACAAAUAAUAAUACCCCAAAUAAUGUCACCCAAAAUAACGUCACAAAUGCCACAACUAAUAAUAUAAAUAAUGCUGUAAAUAACGCUAUAAAUAACGCUAUAAAUAACGCUGCAAGCAGCGCUACGAACAACGUUACGAACAACGCUACGAAUAAUGCUACGAAUGGCAAUGUAAAAAUUGUUAUAUACCAUGGCAACCCCCAUUCUCCGGCUAGCCACUCUAAUUCAAACAGUAACCAAGCCGCGUCCCCAAAUUACCAAAGUGUGAACAAUCAUCACCUUGUCAGUAAUAACCCCAUGUACACAAGUAGCAAUAGCACUCUGCCCGGUAAUGGCUACCCCCUUUCCAGUCGUAUAAAUCCCUUCUUGAAUCCCUCCCCUAUGGUAUCUAAAAUACCUAACAGCGGCGGCGGCAGCGUCUGCAAUCCAAACAGCAGCUAUGGCAAUCCCCAGGAAGCUUUCAAUUCGGGCAAUGUGUUGGCACGUAGCAAGCCCCGCACCCCCCCUCACAUGACAUAGCCACCAUACGCUUAGAGGGCCGCGUCUCUCAACCGGGCCCGAGCCCCUGUAUUUGUAAGAAGAAUGCUCUUUUGCAUGCGUACUACAGCGCCGUAGCCCUUUUGUCCCCCUCAUCCUCUAGAAGCCGAGUAAUAGAAAUCUCUGUAGAUCUCUGCGUGACACGCAGCCCGCAUUUUGCUUUCUCUUCGAUGCGGCUCGACAGCUGAAUUCCGAUAGGAAAGAAUGUCUGCGUCUAAACGCUCUGCUGCAAUUUGGAAAUUCAUGCCAGUUAAUUAUUGCUAGGUAAUAGAAACAAAUCUGUGUGGAUAAUACAUACGCACUGAGUGUAUCUGAAAAGCUUGCUUUUUUGUCUUGAGUUGAUAAAAGGGCUUCGUUCUGUAUCAAUAAACUCCUGCGUCUUGAAGAGGGUGGUGACGACAUUCAUU